AUGAUAACGGCAGUGAUUGCAGUAGAUCGCUACGACUGCGUCUGCCGUCCACAUCGGCGGUUCUUCACGCACAGACGGGGUAAGAUAGCAGCCUGGGCAUCGUUCUUGUUCUCAGUUCUGAUAAAUAUUCCACAGUAUAUAGGAGUAUUCUCAUCCAUUCCUAUAUUGCCCAUACUGAGAUUGGCAUGUCAUGCUAUAAUCUGUGUAACUACGCUCGUGAUGGUCGCCGUGUUCUACAGCUUAGUUUACAAAGCAAUCAGGCAACAUGUGAAAGUUGGGGCCAGUUCGUUGAAAACCCGUCGCAAUGACUGUUUGACAAUUUGCCCUGCUAAUGUUGUAGCCCUGGGACCUAGCUCAAUCAAUGAUGGAUCAAAACCAAACACUUCUAAGGUUCGGAAGGAAGUCUGGGUUGCAUCUGUACCAACUCAAGCUGCUAGUCUUCAUGGAAAAACCGUUCAAGAUCAAAGCUUCAGCAUAUAUUCCACAUCAUCGGCAAAGCAACCUCUUGCAACGGAUCUACAUAAACCAACUUCUUUGGCCACCGAGCCAGGGUUGGAGGCAAACCGUAAAAGAAUACACCCCAAACACCCAUCCCACUUUAGCCAACUUCAGCGUAAGACAACGAAUAUGCUCUUUGUGGCUAGCGUUGUCUUCUUCGUCACAUGGAUGCCAUAUUGGACCUCCAUCUUUUUAGGUCUCUCAGUACAGAGUGGCUUGAACAUUGGGCCCUUAGUCCUUCAAGUAUUAUCUGAAAUACAUCUCAUGUUAUACAUUAACCACGUCGUGAACCCAUUCAUCUAUGGAGUUGCAAACAGACGGUUCAGGAAAGACUGCAGAGAAGUGAUUCGCAAAUUCAAACUCUGUUAA